CUGUGAUUGACUCAUGGAAUCCACCAGCUAUUGGGAUACUGGCUUCUUUAAUGGUACCGGCUCUGGGGUAGCACUGAGGAACAGCUCCAAUUUCAGCUCCCAGUUUACUAGUGUGGAGCUGAUCCAGUCUUUCAAACCUCUGAUCAUCCCCUGCUACACCUUGGUGGUGCUUGUCGGCAUCUUUGGCAACUACCUUCUUCUUUAUGUCAUCUGCAAGACCAAGAAAAUGCACAACGUCACCAACUUCUUCAUUGGAAACUUGGCCUUCUCAGAUAUGUUGAUGUGUGCAACCUGCAUCCCCUUUACUCUGGCAUAUGCUUUCGACCCCCAGGGGUGGAUCUUUGGGAAGUUCCUGUGUUACUUUGUCUUCCUGAUGCAGCCCAUGACCGUCUAUGUGUCUGUUUUCACACUUACAGCCAUUGCUGUGGACAGAUAUUACACCACUCUGCAUCUCCUGAAGAAACGCAUCUCAUUUACGACGUGUGUCUAUGUCAUUGGUGGGAUCUGGCUGCUCUCGUGUGCCCUGGUAGCUCCUGCGGUUGCCCACACCUACCAUGUGGAGUUCCAAAAGGAAGGCUUUGCCAUCUGCGAGGAGUUCUGGAUAGGAGAAGAGAGGGAGCACCUGGCCUAUGCUUACAGCACCUUGAUCAUCACCUACAUCCUGCCUCUUUCGGCCGUCUCGCUCUCCUACAUCUGCAUCACCCUCAAGCUGAAGAACCGUGUCGUUCCGGGUCAUCCGACACAAAGCCAGGCAGAGUUUGACCGCCUGAGAAGAAGGAAGAUCUUCCGCCUCCUGGUGUUGGUGGUGGCUGCUUUUGCCGUCUGCUGGCUCCCCAUUCAUGUCUUCAACAUCAUCCGUGACAUCGAUAUCAACCUCAUCAACAAAGAAUACUUCCUUCUGUUGCAAUUGUUCUGCCACUGGUUUGCCAUGAGCUCCUCCUGCUAUAAUCCUUUCCUUUACGCCUGGUUGCAUGAUCGCUUCCGGAGCGAGUUGAAAGAAAUGUUCGCCUUCAAGAAGAAAAUAAUCCCCGCCAAUAAUUGUGUGGCCGUCAGUGUUAUGCUUUAG